AGUUUCCCAGAGCACUUGUCAGGCGUCCAGCACCCGUUACGGGAUGAAUGGAUGUCACAGACGCAGUAGCCCUUGGUGCGUGCACGCGCGCGCGUGUGUGCCGGGGGAGGUGUGUGGAUACAAUCUCGGUUUGUCGGUGGGAGAACAGCACAGCAUACCCGAGACCUCACGCAAAUAACAGCCGAGCAAGGAUUCCCGCAGCUCAGCCGGACUCCCAGUCCGCCUUCUUCCUACCAUGCCCGGCUCCUGCCCCGGGCUUUGGAGGGGCCCAGGCCGGUGGGGGAGACCGACAGGGGCCCCUGGACCGGAUGUGAAUUAUUAACAUGAAAAUGGCCCAACGGAGCGCUGUAUUUCCUUCUCUUGUCACCGAGGAAAGGUAUAAUAUAUGGAAAAUAUGCAUCUAAGCCCUCGUAACACGGCCCCCUCCUGCAGGCGAGUUAGGACCAUGCCCCGACACAGCCAGUCCCUGACUAUGGCUCCCUACUCGUCCGUAAGCCUUGUGGAGCAGCUGGAAGACAGGAUCCUCUGCCAUGAGAAGACCACCGCCGCCCUGGUGGAGCACGCCUUCCGGAUCAAGGACGACAUCGUCAACAGUUUGCAGAAAAUGCAAAACAAAGGGGGAGGCGACCGCUUGGCCAGGCUGUUCUUGGAGGAGCACAUCAGAAACAUAACGGCCAUCGUGAAGCAACUCAAUCGGGACAUCGAGGUCCUCCAGGAGCAGAUCCGAGCCAGGGACAACAUUAGCUACGGAACUAACUCUGCCUUAAAGACCCUGGAGAUGCGCCAACUCUCGGGUUUGGGAGAUCUUCGAGGAAGAGUAGCAAGAUGUGACGCCAGCAUCGCCAGACUCUCUGCAGAGCACAAAAGCACCUUCGAGGGGCUCCAGCACCUGAACAAAGAACAGCAGGCCGCCAAGCUCAUCUUGGAAACGAAAAUCAAAGACGCAGAGGGACAGAUUUCUCAGCUUUUGAACAGAGUGGACUUGUCCAUAUCAGAGCAGAGCACCAAACUGAAGAUGUCUCACAGAGAUAGUAACCAUCAGCUUCAGCUUCUGGAUAAUAAAUUUAAAGGUACAGUUGAGGAACUCAGCAACCAGAUUUUAUCUGCACGGAGUUGGUUGCAACAAGAACAGGAACGGAUAGAAAAAGAGCUUUUGCAGAAAAUCGAUCAGCUUUCCUUGGUCGUUAAGGAACACAGUGGAGCCAGCGAGAGGGAGAUGGAGAAGAAGCUCAGCCAGAUGUCAGCCAGACUCGACAAAAUCGAGGAGAGUCAGAGGAAGACUGUGGACGGGCAGCGCGUGAAGCACGACGAGGAGAAGGUGCACGGGCGCAUCAGCAAGCUGGAGCUGCAGAUGAGCGAGGACAUGAAGGAGAUGAAGGCCGAAGUCAAUGCCGGGUUUACAGCCAUCUAUGAAAGCAUCGGCUCUCUCAGGCAAGUGCUCGAGGCCAGGAUGAAACUGGACAAGGACCAUCUCCAGAAGCAAAUCCAGCAGAUGCAGAAGCCGGAAGCCCCCAUGUGAAGGCAGUUGGGACAAGGAUCUGGGACAGGGUUUGCCUUCUGUAGCCAGGCCAUCGCUGCGUUCAGGGUGGUUUCCUCUCUGGCGUGCAUGUGCCAAGAAACGUGUUUUCAUGGGUCUAAACGUUUACCUUGAGUCUUGAAAACAUCCUUUCUUUAAAAGUACUCGAUGCAAUUUUUACCACUUUCUUUCAUUCCUCUAAAUUCAAUGGCACCCCCUGCCCCCUGAAUUUUGAACGGCUUUUAUUUCCUUCAUUUGAUGAAUGAAAAGACUGAACAACUUUUCCCCAGUGCUUGAUGCUCUAGCCCAGACAGUUUACUCUUUUAGAAAAUGUCAUGGUGAUUUUUUUUUUUUAAUUAAGAAACUAACGAGUUGUCACAGGAAUGUGUUGCUACGCACCCUAAACUAAGAGAAUGUCCCAGUAGAUUAGAAGUCAGCCUUUGAGUCCGUCCCUGGAUUUUAUCCCUGUUGUCUGUGCAUUUCUUAUAUUGGUUAUCUUCUUGUAAAUCCGUUGUUUCCCCCUAGGGGAGAGGGAUUGAAUGCUUGGAAAAAAUCCCCCACCAUAUAUGUCAUGAAGAGUUUCAAAACUGGUAACUGCCAUACUGAUGCAAAUUAAAUGAAAACUUAAGAUACUUCUUUAGAUAAUGCAAGACACAAUAUCUACAUCAACCACUUAGGUAAUGCUGGGUUUUAAUAUUUAAAACUAUGUUUUAAUUCUCCACAACCAGUAUAGAGACAGCCAUAUACUUUAAUCAUGGAACGGCGACGGGUAGUCUGCUGACUGCAUAAUUCGUCGUUCGUUACUCGCAAAAGAAUGUGAGGAUUUUUCAGACGUAACGAUCUCUCCAAAUGUCUCCCAGAUUGGCACAGAAGUGCUAGGUUUGUGUACACGUAACGUAACUGUCUUCCUGUGCCUUGGUUUUAUCAUGUCAAUGCACUGUACUCUAUCAAGUGUUUUGCGGACUCAACAGAAGGCAUGAUAAUACACCAGAAUUACGACGUUAAAAAAAAAACGGGAUCCUAUGUAUUUUUUAAAUGUUCUGAAAAUUUUGUCACCGUUAAGACACGAACCAUUCAGUAUUACCCAUGGACCAGAAAUUCAUACUUUUGUAUGGACAAAGAAUCAAAUCGAUAUUGUGUUUCUAACACCGUCUAGAAACCUUCCUCUUACGCAACUUUGCAGAAGAUGGGUAUUUGAUCUGCCGUCGUCCCCGUGGGUGAGUCGGUGAAAAUCAGCACGUUUACCUGUGUGUGAAAACAGGGGUGAGCCACACCGCUGUAAACUGAGGGAGCCCCGGAGAGAAGAAGAAAGGAACCCUUCCCAAGUUAAACACACGCACACCUUCUUUUCGUUUGUUUGCCAAGGACUCAGGAAAAUAAAAGCAUUUUCUAUUUUUAGGAUAAAUCGUCAAUGAAGUAUCUAACUGGCUAUUACUGUUCACCCAUUAAAAUAUGCUGCUGAAAUACAUCAUCUGACUUGCAAUGGCUUGACAUUUUUAUUUCUUUUGAAUUUGGACGUCAGAGAUCAUCUAAGGAACCUGUCAUCCAACAUCUGGUCCCCUUUUUUGUCACCAAUCUUUUCGCUGCUGUAGAGGAGGACUAUUUCCACUUAAAGAGGAGAAGGGCGAGCGCUCCCUGCUGUCAGCGAGUGAGUUUCUUUCUGUGACAGAAUAACCUGAGUGUUUGGGGUCCACCGUUCUUUAAGCACAAGCCACAGCGCGGAGCCACACUCCUUCACUGUCCCUCUCCCCUGGGGUCUCUGAGGAGGAAGAAUCAGCACAUCUGACACCAGGGAAGAAGGGGUGGGGGUGGCAGCUGGGAUCCGGCGGGGUGACAUAAGCGGGUGACACUGGGCUGUCAGUGAAUUUCGCAGGGGCUUCUGACCUCGCCAAGCCCCUGUCAUGAGUGGGGCUGGGGGCGGGGGAUGUUUAAAACUGUUGUCUCUGAGCACGCCCACCCCAGAGCAACGCAGCCAGCAUCGCCAGGAGGCCAGGGACCCCAGGAGUCACAGCGUGCGGCCCUCCCAGCCCCGAGUUACCGCGCAGGACUCUUCUCACCAAAGGCUAAAUGAGAAUCAGCUUCUGUGUUC